CUUUUUUACAACUACGCUUACAAUGGCAAAAAAAAAAUUUACUCGUAUUUUUUACCAACUACUAAUAUAAUAUUGUUACGCACAAAAAAUAAUAAUAAUAAUAAUAAUAAUAAUAAUAAUAAUAAUAAGGUAUCCAGAGUCAGUCGGUGGGUUCUCAGUCGGUUGGUUCUCAAUCAGAUAAGCAAGUCAGAUGGUCCGCGGUCGGGCAAGCAGGUCGGAUUAUCCGCAGUCGGAUAAAUGGGUCGGUUGAUACAAAGGUUGGCUGCUAUGGGGGUCGGUCGAAAAAGGAAGUCGGGCGAAGAAAGGUCUGUUGAUAGGUCAGACGAUUGAAGAGACCAAAUAGUGGUCGUUUGAUGGGGCGACCAGUGAGUCUUUUGAUCUGGCGACCAAUUAUGUAUCUAGAUUGGUCGGUUGGUCGGUCGUUGGGUUAUGCGGUUGGCGAGGCGGUUAAAGACAUAUGUCAAUCAAAGAGGCAGUUCUGAGUUCUGUAACUGGUGGGAACGGUUGGUAAAACAGUGCGACGGUUCUGAACGUUUUCUUCAAAGAAUAUUUAAGGAUUUGGAUCAUCAUUUGGCAAGGCAUCUUCAAUCAACUUCAACAAAGCAAAGUCAGAUUUGGGGAUCACCACUUUAAAUUUCAGUCUUUUAUUUUCCAGUUUAUUUUCUGUACCGUACAGUGUUUAGAGAUUCCUAAUCUCAGGCACUAAUUAAUCAAGUUUAAGGAUAUUUUCUAUAUCUUUGAAUUUUACUUUAUUUUUGUUGAAAAAUUACAUCAACAAAUUGGCGACCACAGUGGGAGAAAAUUGCUGAUCCAUAUGGCAAAUUUUCAAUUCCACAGUACAGCCGUUGGCUUUAUCACGGCAGAAGAAGCUUCCCAACUACGGGCCGAAUUGACAGCAGGUUUUACAGCAUGUUUUCGGCAAAUGUACGACCAGCAGAUAGCAAAUCUGCAGGCAAUACAUGACGCAAUGCAAAACUUGAUGGAGCAAUCAAAAUUCAUGUUGAAUUCGGUUCCUGCACCGCCAGAAAUGUCAUGCCCCCAAACGGACAACGCCAUUCCUGAGCAUAUACCCAGUCAGACAGACUGGAAACAGGACCAAACAGGAGGACAGGCCCGACCAGGGACGACCGAAUGGACGGAGACAGGUCGGCAGGAUCACGACGCCUGGACGGACCAUGGUCGGGAAGACCACACCGACUGGACGGACCAUGGUCGGGAGGACCACACCGAAUGGACGGACCGUAGUCGGGACAACCACACCGACUGGAUGGACAAAGGUCGGGAGGACCACGCCGACUGGACGAAUACAGAUCGGGAAGACCACGUCGACUGGACGGACAAAAAUCGGGAGGACUACGUAACCUGGACGGAUACAGGUCAGGAGGACCCCGCCGAAUGGACGGAUACAGGUCAGGAGGACCCCGCCGAAUGGACGGACACGGGUCAGGUCGCCGACCAUAACUUUUCAGGCGAGCAAAAGAAUGACAGAACAACAGUGGCCGAAAGGAGGAAUAAGUCGGACGGGAGUCUGAAUACAAUGGUAGUGCAAGAUCGACCAACGUCCAGGCCAGCACCAGUCCGCGAUAAAUGGAGGUCGGGUCCAACGUAGCCUCAAAGGAUGGAGGUCGGAUCUGAGGCUGACGUAGCCUCGGAUGCUAACCUACUAACUCCUAAAACAUCAUAAGAAAUGAUGCUUAGGAGUCUUGAGGAGGAGGCAUGUUGUUACGCACAAAAAAUAAUAAUAAUAAUAAGGUAUCCAGAGUCAGUCGGUGGGUUCUCAGUCGGUUGGUUCUCAAUCAGAUAAGCAAGUCAGAUGGUCCGCGGUCGGGCAAGCAGGUCGGAUUAUCCGCAGUCGGAUAAAUGGGUCGGUUGAUACAAAGGUUGGCUGCUAUGGGGGUCGGUCGAAAAAGGAAGUCGGGCGAAGAAAGGUCUGUUGAUAGGUCAGACGAUUGAAGAGACCAAAUAGUGGUCGUUUGAUGGGGCGACCAGUGAGUCUUUUGAUCUGGCGACCAAUUAUGUAUCUAGAUUGGUCGGUUGGUCGGUCGUUGGGUUAUGCGGUUGGCGAGGCGGUUAAAGACAUGUGUCAAUCAAAGAGGCAGUUCUGAGUUCUGUAACUGGUGGGAACGGUUGGUAAAACAGUGCGACGGUUCUGAACGUUUUCUUCAAAGAAUAUUUAAGGAUUUGGAUCAUCAUUUGGCAAGGCAUCUUCAAUCAACUUCAACAAAGCAAAGUCAGAUUUGGGGAUCACCACUUUAAAUUUCAGUCUUUUAUUUUCCAGUUUAUUUUCUGUACCGUACAGUGUUUAGAGAUUCCUAAUCUCAGGCACUAAUUAAUCAAGUU